AUGCCUAUCAUGGAACUUGCUAAACCACGAGAAUACGAGAUCUUUCAUGUGAGAGAAACGCCAGUAACUGAAGCAGAAAUAGAAUUAAAAGAAAACAUACAAAAAGUAUUACUGGAUAGCAUUUUUCAUUAUAAUAGAAGCAGAAUAAUUGACGAAGAAGCAUGGGGUGAAGAUAAUUUGAAUUCUCAACCUCAAUGUUCAAAUGUUGACGAAGAUUUUGACAAUUCUUAUAAAAGACGGGCUGUUGAGUAUUGGCGGAAGAGAGAUAAUGAAGAAAAUAAUAACGAUAGAACAAGGAAUCGUUCUCUAAAAUCAGUGCAACAUGCAUUUAAAAGAGUUUCAUCUCUACGUCAGUUAAGACGCAUCUCCCAGUUGGGUAGCAAGAAAGUCAAAAAGUCCCACCGAAUUGUUUCAAGAAAAGUUACGAAGUUUGUCACUAGAAGAACAUUGGAAGAUUCUGUUGAUUUGCAAAAAACAACUGAUGAUUUCUUGAAAGCAGUAAAGCCUCUUAUUGAACAGUUUGGAUCUGAAAAUAUUUAUAAUUCAGAUCAAAGUGGUUUCCAAUUGGAAAUUCAUUCUGGAAGAUCAUUGUCUAACGAAGGAGAAAAGAAAACAGAACGAGUCGUGCAGUCUAUAUCAUCAACGACACAUUCAUACACGAUACAACCAAUAAUAUCGUGUGAUGGCAAAUUGUUGUCACCUUUAUUUAUUGUGUUAAAAGAAAUUCAUGGUAGAUUUGGACCAAGAGUAGAAGAAAACUUGUUUAAACCAAUAAAUGUUAUUGCAAAAACAUCGAAAUCUGGCAAAAUGACAUCAGAUCAUUUUAAAAUGUGGUUAGAAGAAGCUUAUUUUCCAAACAUUGGUUCUAAUAGCGUUCUUCUUAUCGAUUCAUGGACUGGACAUUGCCCUAAUAUCAUUUCGGAUUUAACACCUUCGGGAAAACGUAUUACUACUAUGAUAAUACCAAAAGGCACUACAGGAAAAAUACAACCAUUAGAUGUGUAUGGAUUUAGAAUUUGGAAAAAUUUUGCUAAAAGAUUUUCAGAUAUUGUUUUACUAUUGGAAAGCGAUAUAAAUUUGCAUGAACGAAAUAAUAUAAUAAAGUUGCAAUCACUGAUACAUAAUCAGUUGUCAUCCCCACGAUAUCACAACUUGUUUAAAUAUUCGUGGUUUAAAAGCGGUUAUACAGACGAAAGACUAGAAGAGUUUAAAAACCCUGUACAGUUUAGUUUUGACGAAACUUCAACUACAUGUGACAUCGAAGAUUGUAACAAUAUAGCAGUAAUAAGAUGUUCGUGGUGUAAAAAGUCACUAUGUUUGAAACACUUUUUCCACGAAUAUCAUUAUUGUAAUGAGUAUAAUGAGAGCGAAUAACUCUAAAUAUAAAUUUAUUAUGUUCUU